GGUGUCCUGGACUGACUUCAUUGUCGGUUUCUACGUUCUGUGUGCAAAAAAUGGACCUCCGGCGAUUUUCUCUGUAGUAAUUUUCGGUGGAAAUUGGUCAUUAAGAGGCCAUCGCGGGGCGAGCGCCAACGACGAAAGAACGUUUCCAGCUGUACUGUAUUCACGGAACCUUUUAGUAAAAGGAACGAUACACCACGAGCACACGGCACCACGCAGUUUUACCGACCUUACAAAAUUAUCCGGGCUCGAUCAGGGCUCGAUCGCAGCGACCUCUUCGGUUUUAAAUUUGGGUCAGUGAUCCACAGGGAGCCCACGCCAACGAUAGCCCAACAGUUGUGAAAGAAGGACCAAGAGCUUCGACACAGCAGGACUAAAUUGAAAGACUAGGAGAAGAGAAGAAAGAUGGUGGACUUCGACAAGGUAUUGGACCGUAUCGGCCAUUUUGGUCGCUACCAGGGCCUUUUGUAUGUCAUGGCGUGUUUUCCCAUUUUGUUGAACGGGAUGCAUUUCUUGGCGGUUGUCUUCGUGGGCGACACGCCCGAGCACUACUGCCGGGUUCCGGGCGACGUACAGCCGGCUAACAUGGACAGGAUGUACGGUACGGGCAGCUGGUACGGCAUCAUGAACCAGACUAUCCCCAUGGAGAAGUCAGACGACGGGAACAUGGUAUACAGCCAGUGUGAAAGGUACAGUUCCCCCGAAAACAGAACGUCCAAAGUGCGGUGUGACGGAGGAUGGGUGUACAGCAAGGACCAGUACGAGUCUACAGUUGUCAUGACGUGGGACCUGGUAUGCGACCGGAAGUGGAUGUCCCGUUUGAACCAGGCCAUCUUCAUGUUAGGCGUCAUGUCCGGUGCGGUGGUGUUCGGGAACCUUGCUGACAGGUUUGGCCGGAGAAAGAUCUUUAUCGUCUGUAUGGUUGGGGAAUGCCUGUCCGGCAUUGUGAACGCGUUCCUGCCAAACUACGCGGCCUGGCUACUCUUCAGAUUCCUGGUCGGCUUCACUUCCAACGGGAGUUACGUGGUGGCGUUUUCCUAUGUUAUGGAGAUCGUGGGAGCUACGAGACGAACCAUCUGUGGAAUCUUUGUUCAGAUGUGGUUCGCUGGAGGCAUCAUGCUGCUGUCACUACUGGCCUACUUCAUACGGGAGUGGCACAUGCUGCAGCUGACCAUGACUCUACCCAGCCUCAUCGUUAUUGGGUACUGGUGGUUCUUACCAGAGUCCCCGAGGUGGCUGCUUGCCCAAGGACAGACGGAGGAAGCAGGCGAGCUCAUCAGCAGGUAUGCCGAGAAGAACGGCGUACAACUGGAACCCGGCUUCAUCAAUGAAGCUAUUGAGCUACAUGAACCCACGGCAAAGAAGAGCGAAGACCAACACAGUCACCGAAAUUAUGGCCUUUUGGAUCUGGUGCGGACUCCGAAUCUACGGAAAAGGACGCUAAACGUUUGCUUCAACUGGUUCGUCAACAGUCUGGUGUAUUACGGACUAUCUCUCAACACCUCCAACCUCGGAGGAGAUGAUUACGUCAACUCGUUCACUUCCGGUGCCGUGGAACUUCCGGCCUACGUGGUGACGGUCAUCCUGAUGGAGAGGAUCGGCAGACAGAAGACCCUGUCCACGGCCAUGGUGAUCGGCGGCGUCGGCUGCUUCUGUACCGUUGCGGUGCCGCUCUCGAGGACAGACUUGAUUCCAGUGCGCACGACCUUGGCGAUGAUUGGCAAGUUCGGAAUCUCCAUCUCAUUCGCGGUCAUCUACAACUACACUGCCGAGCUGUACCCCACAGUCAUCCGGAGUGUGGCGGUUGGUGUAGGGUCUAUGAGCGCCAGGAUCGCAGGAAUCAUCGCUCCCUUCGCCAUCAUGAUCGGAGAUCUCUGGAGCCCGCUGCCGCUGAUCAUCUUCGGCGCCAUGUCCCUGGUGGCCGGCGCGCUGGCCUUGUUACUACCGGACACCACGGGCAAACCGCUCAUGCAGACCAUUGAGGAGGCUGAGCAACUGGGAAAGUAG